AUCGAAAGACGCUAGUUUUUGUUGUUCCUCAAUUUACAGAAAAGAAAGUGACUAUCAAUUUCGAUUGAGAGGAUCACGUUGUUCAACUUUCGAGCAAGUCUAUUUAUUUUCUUCUUUUUUUUUUCUCUUCGUUUCUCAAUGACAAUACACAAAGAAGAAGUGGCAUCUGAUGUAGAUGCGAUACAGGUAUGGAGUGUCAAAGAGCUAGAGGCAGAAUUCACUCCUAUGUUGAAAGCAUAUCAUGACAAAGAAACGGAGUUUAACUGGGAAGCAAGAGAAAAAUCGAUAACACGUAUAAGAGGUCUACUUCGAGGCAACGCUGUGGAGCCUCCAUACCUAGAGGUGUUAUUGCCCUGUAUUAAACAAAUGGUAGAUGGUAUCAUUAAAGCCGUCGAAAGCCUACGUACACAAUUGGCAGUGAAAGCCCUUUUGCUGGUUGGAGAAAUUGGGGUUUUUAUUGGUAAACAUGUAGAUGCGUAUAUUACUGAACACUUAUUAAUGUGCAUGAUGCGCUGUGCAAGUUUGACCAAGAAAAUGGUGGCCAAUGCUUCCUUGGAAGCAACCAAAACUUUUCUUAAGCAUACGCAUUUCUAUCCUAAGUUUAUGAGCAUGUUACUCUUGUCUAUGGCAGAUAAGAACAGCCAAGUACGUCUGUAUGUGGUUCUGUAUACCAAAACACUCUUACAAGCCCAUGCUCACCGUGAACACACCCGUAUGAUCAUGGAUCGUACAAAUUCAACUGAUCAUUUUGAGACGAUUAUUACCAAGGGCCUGAACGAUGCUACGCCUAUUGUGAAAGAAUCUUGCCGAGAAGCCUUCUGGAUCUUUUGGGAAUACUGGCGAGAAAGAGGAGAUCAUGUCCUAAGACAAUUGCCAGCCAUUGCUCAGAAACAACUAGAGAAAUCAAAGACAGUGAAACCACAAAUGAGCAAAAGCACACAUAGUCCAACUGAAUCACAUUCUUCAGGCAGGCAUGAUUUGAACGUAUCUCCUUCAAAUUCAAGCCAUAUCGAGAUCAAACGCUCUUUGUCUCCUAGAGCAUCUUCACCACAUCUUAGAUCGAAUUAUGGAUCACCUCCUGCCCAAAUACCUACUUCCGCUUCCACAUCACCUCCACCUCCCUCCUCACUUCGAAAGACACGCGUACCUGCACUCAAUCGUAAGAAAUCAGCCAUAUCUCUUGUCAAACGCAAGGCACCUGCUAAUUUCAUGAUACUCUUGACCAGUGAGGACCCAUUACAACGCAUGGAAGGCUUGAUUCAGCUUGCAAAGAAACUGUCCGCAUUUGAUUACAUGACAGAUGUAGCUAGUAUUCAGUUAGAUGUGCCCAAUGCACCACCUGUUGAUGGUCCUGUCUUGAAAGCAACGGUCACUCAACUAUGGGAUGAUGGUUAUGAAGUAUUGUCUAGUUGGGAUGGUAUUUCUCAUAUUAUCAUGCGAUUGUUUAGUUUUGAAGAAUGCAUCCCUAAACUGAUUCUUGAUGCCAAUAUGGAUGAGACAGCACGUAGAACAGAAGCCGAUAUAGCUAAAUCUCAAUUUGCUCAACUUGGAUUUAUACGUGCCAAAGUGUUCCUUGAGUCGCAACAUCCUGAUCUUGUGGAUACACUCUUUACCAAUCUUGUCCAAUACGGUGGCUUUGUUCAACAAGUACGCAGUGUCAAAAAGGACAACACGCGCUUACCUGCCAAUCGUCGUAAGCUGACAAAGCAGUUUUUGGAAUGGUUGGAUGAAUUAGUGACACCUUUGAUUGGGCUGAAUGAAGAUGUGGAUUAUGGAUCCAAGGCUUAUGAAGGCAUACCCAAAGAGUUUUUGCAGCCUGCGGAUACAGUAAUUCAAUGGUUUGAGUCAGACGAUAAUGUGCGACACCUAUUGGCAAUUCUAUUGCCUUUGAUUACAACAUCGACUUCAGGCACAUUAUGGCAUGCUCCUCUUGUGACAUUUAUCAAACAUAUCCGAUUGUUGAAUCAAAGACUCUUUGAAAUGGUUACUGCUACAUAUGAUGAAUAUUCUGUCAACAAGAUUUGUCGUGUGUUGGGUAUUCAUAUUCGUGUUGAACCUAUUGCGAAUGUAGUUACAGUGCCAUUGAUUCCUGAACAACAACAACAACAACAACAACAAGAAGAAGAAGAAGAAGAAGAUUUAAUGGCACAGGCAGAAGAAGAAGAGGAUUUGAUUCCUGCCAUUUUACAAGAGGAGCCUGUUCCUACUAUUUCACAAGAAGAGCCUAGCAUUCUGCCAGAAGAGAAAGAGGAGGAGGAAAAGCCUACUUUUCAACAGCAAGAAGAACCUAUUCCACAACAUAAAGAAUCUAUUCCUAUCAUUCAACAUGAGCCAGAACCUAUUCCUACUAUUGUAACCCCAGAACAACAACCCAUUUCUAACACUACACAAGAACAAGAAUCCGUUUCUAGCAUCACACUAAAACAAGAGUCAAUCCCUAGUACAACAAAAGAACAAGAAUUAAUUCCUACAACACAACAACAAGAACAGGAAUCUACGCCUCCUGUUAUUGAAGCAAAAGAAGAACAAGAAUCUAUUCCUACCCUUAGCACGCAAAAACCUAUUCUCUCUAUGACACAAGAAGAACAAGAACCUGUUCCUACUAUGAUACAAAAAGAAUCUAUGUCCACUCCUGGGCAUCAAGAGCCUCCUAUUCCCAAUACUGAUUUACUUACCGUACAUGAACAAGUGGUACAAGAACCCUCUCCUCCUGUUCCACAAGAAACCAAAGAAAGCUAUUUUGAGAAACAAGAUUACUUUGAAAAGCCAAUUAAACCAGAACUAUAUCCUACUUCAGAGCCACCUGUAGCUGUUGAUGAAGUAUUGUAUCAAGACCCUAAUGAUACCAUACAAGAACAACCACUUGUUGACAAACUACAAUACUUGGAAAAGCAAUCCACAGAAAAACAAACACCACUUCCUGAUCGUUUUACGCCACCUCAAGAAAAACAACAACAACAACAACAAUAUGACGCAUUUAUCAGCACGGGCUUACCUGCAGAAACCAAGAAAGAAUCACUGGUAGCGAGUAAACCCAAUCCAGAAAAAUAUCCUUUGCCUACUCAUGUUCCUUUUUUUGCACCCGAGAAAGUCAAUUUUCCCAAUCCUGUCUUUAAACAAAAUGUACGAACAUUGUUUGCCUCGCCCAGUACAAGUACGAGCAAUAUAAACAGGAAUGCUAAAGACAAAACCAUGUUGCUGUAUGCAUUGAUUGAUAAAUUAAAAACAUCGCCAUCAGACCAUCAAACCACAUUCCGUAAAAUGACACGAUUAUUUAAAGAAGUCCCGAUUCGAAGAAGAUGGGAUCAAGGCGGAAUUGAGGAAAAUGGCAGUGAGACAUGGGCUGGUGCUCAGGGGGAUGCUGGUAACUUUGUUGAGGUUGUCCAGACAGUGCUACCUUAUCUUGACGAUAAAAAAUCGGUUUUGGCUAGUAUCGAAUGCAUGCGACAAUUGGCUGUAACACAAGCAGGUCUGUUUCGUUUCUUUGAAAGAAAAGUAGACGAAAAAGGAAGAACCUUAGAGUCACAAUUAUUGGAGAAAUUACUCUUGAUCCGAUCAAGCGAUCAUCCUACAAUCUGUAUUGCAGCUGAAGAUACAUUAGAUGCAGUCUUAGGCACCCUUAACCCACCCACUGUAUUUGAAAUGUUGAUGGCCUUUAUUAUCUAUCGUUUAUUAAUAUCGCCUCUUGAACAUUACUCAGCCGAUACACGAUACCACCCAGUUGGAUCUGCUUUUAUGUAUCUAGGCAAAUGGGUCAAGGAAGUAAACGAUAAUUUCUAUAUUGAUGAAUGGUUAAGCAAAGGUGGUGUCAACGCCUUUUUUGAAGGCAUAAACCAUCCUUUGAUAAACAUUCGUAAAUCAUGUGUAGAAGCUAUUGUUGCAUUUCAAGAAGUCAUGGGAGAUGAUAUAUAUGUACUUUUAGCAGAUCUAAGAGAAGAUCAAAUGAACUUGGUGAAGCACUAUGUUGCGAAAGCAUUGAAAAAGAAAGCAAGCCUUCGGAAUCUAAGAGACAACGGUCAAUUUUAGAAAAGGGACAAAUAACAAACAAAUCAUUUGUCCUUUUUAGAUAUGUAUACCCUCUUUCUUUCUUACCACAAAGAGACUUAUGUACAAAUAAAUAUAUACAUAUAUGAAUCACUUUAGAU